ACACAAUAGGUUACAGGACAUUAUUCCUAGGCCGUGGAAGGGGUAUAAGAGGAGAUUGUGGGCCUGCUUCCCUGAUCUUUGGGUCCUAAAUACCUUCCUGGUGCUCCUCCCUUGCCCUGCCCCUUGGUGCAUUGGUUUUCCAGUCCCCUACCUCACAAAGCCGACAUCACUCCAGGAUGUGUCGUCUCACAGCGUACAUUGGCACGCCCAUCGUAGCUGCCGAUCUCGUGACUCGCCCCAACCACUCCAUCAUCACGCAAUCUUUCGCCGCACGCGAGCGCCUGUGUGAGACGCACUACACACCGCCCUGCAUCAACGGGGAUGGCUUCGGGAUCGGGUGGUACUCCUCUGACAUGUCGGAAGACCCCGAGCCUUGCAUCUACCGCAGUACCCGACCGGCGUGGAACGACGAAAAUUUGAUGCAACUUUCAGAAAAAAUACGUUCUCAUCUCCUGUUCGCCCACGUGCGGGCCGCGACCCCUGGCUCGGUGGUAGCCGAGCGCCUCUGUCACCCUUUCCGGUGCGGACGCUACCUGUUCAUGCACAACGGCAAUGUGGGUGGCUUCGACCGUGUCCGUCGACGGCUGAUGGAUCGACUCAACGACGCCUGCUUCGAAUUCGCGGUGGCGAACGGGGCGAGCGACACAGUCGUGUGUUUUGCCCUGUUUUUGAACGCCCUGCCCGACCACAUGGCCGUGGUCUCCCCUGACGUGCUCCGGCAGAACAUGGAGGGCGUCGUGGCCCUGAUCGUUCGCACCUGCCAAGAAUGCGGGGUGGAGGAAGCUUCCUUGUUGAACUUUGUCAUCUCGGACGGCCUCAUGCUCCUGGCCACCCGUUUUGUCCACGACCCGAAAUCCCCCGACUCCUCGCCAGCCUCGCUCUAUUUCGGCGCGGGCACGGCGUACGAACGCAAGACGACCACCACGGCUGGCCCGGGGGGAGCAGUGGUGGCCGGGACGGGAGGAGAGUACGGCAUGACCCACACUGACCGGCGGAUCAAAGUCGUGAUCGCCACCUCGGAGCCUCUCUCGGACAACCACACGGACUGGGUGGUGGUCCCGCCCAACAACAUGCUCAUCGUCACGCCCGACCUCCACCUGCUUCUGGCCCCCCUGGGGGCCUCGGACGCGAUGGGCUUUGCAUUGGAGAACAUCAUGUCGAUGGAACGACGGCUUCUGCCGAUCGAACUCCAGGAUACGCUGGGCCCGGUGGCAUCUCGAGCG